AUGAGGAACUCAAAGGAGCAAAAGCCCGACAUUGCUCUUGAGCACGCAGACGACGUCGCUCUUGAGAACCUGGAUACCAACCCGAAAGAUGUGACCCUCGACGCCGCGGCUAAAGGCCAGGGCGUGUCGGGUUACGAGACCUUGACGCUCUGGGAGACAUUCAAGGCCUUCAAGGUCUGCUCAGCGACAUGCUUUGCUGUUGCCUUCAGUGCAGCCACGGAUGGUUAUCAGAUCGGAAUCAAUGGAAACAUCAUCGCCAACCCGGGCUUCAUCAACCAGUUCGCCACAGAGACAACUUCCCGCGGCCAACCAAACCUCGCAGCCCCCAUCCUAAGCGCCUGGAGCUCCAUCAUGUCCGUCGGCCAGAUCAUCGGCAUGACGACCGUCCCCUUCCUCUCCGACCGCUUCGGCCGCAAGGGCGCCAUGUACUGGUACUGGUUCAUCCUGUCCAUGAGCAUCCUCUGCGAGUCUUUGGCCAGGACGUGGCCCGUCUGGCUGGUCGCCAAGCUCCUCGCGGGCAUCGGCGUCGGCUGCCUCCAGUCCACCGUCCCGACAUACAUCGCCGAGGUCGCCCCCACCAGGAUCCGCGGCAGUCUCCUGCUGGCGUACAACUUCUGGUUCGCCCUAGGCCAGUUCUUCGCCCCCGUCGCGCUGCAGGUCAUGUCCCAGUAUGCGCCCGAGGACUGGAAGACGCCCAUCUACACGCAGUGGAGCCAGAUCGGCCUCAUGAUCAUCAUCUACGCCUUCAUCCCUGAGUCGCCCGCCUGGUGCGUGACGCGGGGGAAGCUCGACGCGGCCCGGAAGAGCCUGCGCUGGCUCUACCGGGGCGUCGCGGACUACGACCUCGAGCAGCAGCUCCAGCUCCUCGUCAUCGCCGUCGACCACGAGGUCGAGGUGGCGCGGUCGCAGGCCAACGUCAAGUGGUACGCCAUCUUCAAGGGCGUCGACGGGAAGAGGACCGUCACGGCGCUGUGGACGCUCAUGACGCAGCAGUUCGUCGGGCUGACGCUGUUUUCGACGUUUGCGAGUUACUUCUUCAGGCAGGCCGGCAUCGAGGACCCGUUCCAGGCGACUUGCAUCACGUCCGGCAUCAACAUCGCCUCUGGUUUGAUCUUCAUUCUUAUUGCCGAUAAGGUUGGUCGGAGAUGGAUCUCGUGCAGCGGGUCGACUCUGUCGUGGGUGGCUUGUGUGGCUAUUGGGAUCCUUGGGGUGGUGCCUAGGAGGGGACCGACUUUCAUCCUGCUGGUUUUCUUUGCGUGCCUGUGGAACAUUGGCAUGACGGCCAACGGCGCCACAGGAUGGGGCUUCAUCGGAGAAAUCUCGUCCCAGAGACUUCGCCCUUACACAGCCGGCUUUGGUGCCGCCUCGACAGCAGUGGCCGGGGUCGUCAUGAACGUCCUGACCCCUUACAUGGUCGAUGGAAACCGCUGGAACUGGGAGCUCAAGACGGCCUGGUUUUACACCGGGGUGGGACUGCCCUUCGUGGUGGCUAUGUGGUUCCUGAUACCCGAGACCAAAGGACGGUCCGCCGCAGAACUCGACGAAUUGUUCGAGCGUGGAAUCAAGCCCUGGAGGUUCCACAAGACUGCCACGGCGACGGAGCGUCUCGUCAAUGCUGGUAUCGAUCGGGAUGUCGGGGAGGAUGCUGAGAAAAGAGGCCUGUGA